UCACAUCCGGAGGAUAUCAUGGACUCAGCGUUUGGUAAAUCAUUUCUAUUUUUAACAAAACUAGCCUGGAAUUGUAAAGUAACCUUGCCCGUGCUAUUGACAACCGUAUUUUUGGCCAUGGAUUUUCGUAUGCAAAUUGAACUAAACAUCGAAACUGAUCAGCUGGUUUUUCAAGACGAGAUUGAUGACUCUGACGAAUAUGAAACGGUAGAGGAAUUGGAUAUCAGCGAUGAAAGUGAUUCAUAGUCUUUUUAGUAUGCAAUCUGAAACUGUUCAACACCAAAUAAUGUUAUUGCCAUUUUAUAAAUCAAGUGCGGCACCACUUUAUAUCAUGACAUGAAGAAAUAACAGAAAAGAAAGAAAAAAAAUCUAAGACUGAUUCCCCUAUCAAUAUUUGCAGGCAUUCAUUUCGAUGUCGCAUUGAGAUCCUCAUGUGAAAGUCCAAUUAGAAAUAUGGUUUUUAUUUGAAUUUAAAUGUAUAGCAUAGUUUAUCACUAAACAUUAGAUCAUGUUAUUGUUGAAACGGUUAUUGUUAUUUGAAUGAAUGAAAAAAAAAAUGCUUUACCACAUUACGGGUUCUUUUAUAUUCCGCACAGCCCUAAAUAGGGACCCGUACUGCGGUCAAGGGUACAAUAGAAAUCCUUGGAUUUAAACUAUUCACGCCUAGUAACUAACAAAAUUGUUAAAAUAUUCUUCUUAUGAUUAUUGUUGAUUUUAUGCUGCUAUCAGUUGACAUUGUUCGCAUGGUGUGGAUUGUCAGGUCUCUUCAACGAAUCGGGCAAUGGUAUGCCAAAAAGACGACACAUUCCUAUAAAAUCAGAAAUAAACACAAAACAUUAAUCAAUUAAUAUGAACACUGAACACCUAA